AUGGCGAAUCUGAUGGGAAUAGGUUGGGGGAAUGUAACUCUCUUGAUGUUGGAAGGCUUUCUGAAAUGGGAAUGGGCAUUUGUAGGAACAUAUGGGCCCAAUGUGGACAGGGAUAGGAGGAGGUUAUGGGAAGAGUUGGCGGGUGUAUACUCUCUUUGGGAUAUACCGUGGUGCAUGGGAGGAGACUUCAACAUUAUUUUCUUUCCUAGCGAGAGGUCAGGACAUCUUCGGAACUCAACGGCCAUGGAGGAGUUCUUCGAGUUCAUUUUUGAGUUGGACCUUAUGGACCUCCCUUUGGUAGGAGGUGAAUACACUUGGUCUAACGGUCGAGUUUGGUCGAAAUUCGACAGAUUCCUUGUCUCUCCUUCAUGGGAAGCCCACUAUCUGGAGAUAUGUCAGAAAAGUCUACCGCGAGUCUGCUCAGAUCAUUUUCCUAUUUUACUAGAUUGUGGGGGCAUUCAUAGUGGUCGCCGAUAUUUCAAGUUUGAAAACAUGUGGCUUACCACAGACGGGUUUGUGGAGAUGGUGCGUAAUUGGUGGUCUGCUUAUCAGUUCACUGGUACCCCAUGUAUUAUUCUUACAAGUAAGCUGAAGGCUUUGAAACAAGACUUGAAGAAGUGGAACGUGGUAGUUUUUAGCCACAUUGACAACCAGAAAUCUACCCUUUUGGAGGAAUUGCAGGAGUUAGAGGGGAGGGAAUUAUUGGGAUAUUCCUCGGAGGAGAUGAUUGUGAGGAAGGGUACAGUCUUGGCAAGUUUGGAGAGGGUUUUGUUGUCAAAGGAGACCUCUUGGCAUCAAAAAUCUAGGGCCCUUUGA